GGAGGGGGGGGGAGAAAGGAUUAUCUCCUCUCCCACCAUCCCCAAGGAAGGAUCCACCGACCAGCCUUGAGAUCUGGCUUCCUCCUCCGGGGCCACGACGCGAGGGGAACCCCAACAGGCGCCGGAGAGGACGGAGAAUCGGGCGGAGGGGGCGAUGGGGCCCCCCAAGAUGCCGACGCCUUCGGGGCUCGCCCGGGGCUUCCUCCUGGCGCUCCUCCUGGGUGGGAUUCGGACCACUGAGAGCAACUCCUCACACAUGGCUGUCUGUCAAGGCUACCCUGACGUCCGGAGAGAGCCGCAAGGCCAGAUCCGUAGCCCUUCUUCCCAAGGGACGACAUACAGCAGUUGUAGCUGGGUCAUUCUGGCCGACCCUGAGGAGAUCAUCAGUAUCAGGUUCCAGCACUUCCAUCUCUCCUGUACCUCGGAGAUGCUGAUCAUCCAGUCAGCUUCGCUCCCUUCAUCUCCUUGGAAAAUCUGUGGCUACCACACUCCUGAGCCCCUCCGGAUAAAGGGAGGCAAUGUGACCCUGAGUUACAACUGGAAGUUCAUGACAGGAGAUGGCUUUCAGCUGAAAUAUGAGAGAGAAGCCAUCAGGCCACCCGUCUUCCCUUGCAACCUCACCCUGGACAACUUCUACGGCAUCUUUUUCUCACCCGGCUUCGCCUCCGACUCCUACCUGGGCGCUGCGCAUUGCCAGUGGGCCAUCGACGCCCACGACAGCCGCCCUCUCAGCAUCCGCUUCACCGCCCUCAGCCUGGGCGUCGGGGACUCCCUGAGGGUGUACGAGGGGGCUCCCGGAUCCGCGCCGCGCCCCCGCUUGCUGCGCAACCUCGACUACACCAGCAACAAGAAAGUGGUCUCCGUGGACUCGCCUUCCAGCCGCGCGUGGGUGUCCUACCAGGCGGCGCCGGGAACUUCAGGCCGGGGCUUCAACGCCACCUACCACGUGCGGGGCUUCUGCGUGCCGUGGGAUUUCCCCUGCGGCGGAGGCGACGGCGAGGGGGCCACUUGCUACAGCGCCGCCGAGCGCUGCGACGGGUUCUGGGACUGCGCCAGCGGCGCCGACGAGGACGGGUGCAAAGGGUGCCCGGUGGGGCAGUACCCCUGCGGGGGGCGCGGGAUCGGCGGGGCCGGCUGCUACGGGCCGGCCGACCGCUGCAAUUACCAGACUUUCUGCGCCGACGCCGCGGACGAGCGCCAUUGCUACACGUGCCAGCCGGGGAACUUCCGGUGCCGGGACGGGCGCUGCAUCUACGAGAGCUGGGUGUGCGACGGGCAGGCGGACUGCAUCGACGCCUCCGACGAGGCCGACUGCUCCUACGUCCUCCCGCGGAAGGUGGUGACGGCGGCCGUCAUUGGCAGCCUGGUGUGCGGCCUUCUCUUGGUGAUCGCGCUGGGCUGCACCUGCCGGCUCUACGCCCUCCGCAGCCACGAGUUCGGUAUCUUAUCCCCCUUGUCGCGGAUGGAGGCCCGGCUGGUGCAACGGCAGGCGCCGCCUUCCUACGGGCAACUCAUUGCCCGCGGCGCCAUCCCCCCGGUCGAAGGCUUCCCCACGGAGCACCCUCAUCAGAAUUCAGUGCUGGGGAACUUGAGAUCUCUGCUGCAUUUGUUCCGCCACGACACAGCCGCCGCCACUGCCGCUGGUGGGAACCGCCGUCCGCAUCGCGGCCGCUUCCUGCGCCGCUUGGCGAGGCGCAUGCGGCGGUUGGGGCUGCUGCCUCGGCCUGCUCCAACCACCUCCACUUCUGCUGCUGCCGCCGCCGCCACAACCGCCACCACAACCACCUCUUCGUCACACUCCACUCCGGAUACCUUGCCUGAGCCACUACCUGGAGAGGAAAACACAACUUCCGGCCAGCUGGAAGAGCAAGCCCCGCCUCUUCCCCAGAAGGCCCCGCCCCCGCCUGCUGAGCCUGUGCCAGAGCCCCAGGCCCCGCCCCCUCCCACCCCGCGGUUCUCGGGGAUGAUGCGGUCUCUCCGCGUACGGCUGUUCUCCCCUGUGCUGCCGUGCUCUGUGGAAGCAGGCAAUCCCCUCAGUGCCCCUCCGUCCCCCGAAGACGAGGACGACGUCCUUCUGGUGUCCCUCACCGUACCCGACUCCGAGAGCGGAAGUGCGUCUGCCGACUGGGCUGCGGAUGACGAGCCCCUUCUGACCUGAGCGGCCUUCUGCAGCAGCAUCCGGGCCAUCGGGGACUUUCUUACCCAAACACUGGACGUUGCCUUUUAAGAACUGCACACAGGGUUACUUAUGCACAACAACAGAAGCAUAAUUUUUUCCAGCUCUCUCCCACUUACCGUCUCUCCCUCUCCCCCCCAACCCAACCCACCAGCGAUCCCUUCCCCUCCCGCUUCCCUAAAGGUAUAUUUUGUGGUGUAUGGGAAAGGAUGGCAGUGUAUGGCAGUUUAAAAAAAAAAAAAAGUUCUUAAAGGUUAUUUUCCAUGCUUGGCGUUUGAGCAAGAGAAUAUGCUCAUAGGGGCCACGGUGACACCUCUCUUUCCUCAGCACACUUUGAGGAUUCAGAUACCAGCUCAGCGGAACAGGGGAGCGAUAUUUGCGUGCCACGUAAAUCGUGGUUCUUCAAAGGGGAGAGAUUCUGAUCUGGUAUACCGUCGCUGUUUCUAGUUCUGCGCAACGAGACGUGAGGGGAAAAAUCCCUAGGGGGCCACCCAGUUAUCUUGACACCUCCAUCUUCUGAGAGCUGCCUGCUGCAGGUUUUGUUUCAGUCGGUGCUGAAAUCGCGGCUUGUGUGGAAGAAGUGAUAGGAGUACGUGCACUUGACAUUUGAAGAAACGUUCUUGGAAAGUGAGGAGGAGGAGGAGGAGGAAGGGACGGAAAUGAAAUAUGCUUCUGCUGGGAGAAGCUCAGAUAUAUCUGCCUGAAGGAAGGAGAGUUAUGUAGUUGUCAGAAGUAACCCUUACAGGCACUGUAACCCUUAAAAGCAAUGACUAAAUUGGCAGGGCCCCAAUCCUUAUUUUGCAAAGCCACAACACAGAGAGAGAAAUCACAUGAUUCGAGUGGACUAGAAAUUUAUUAUUGUGGAGUUGUGGAAAGAUUAAAAGGAGGAGGAAAGUUAAAACAAUGUUUUAACCGUGCACUCCCCGUGUAUGUUUACUCAGGAGUAAAUCCCGAAUUUGUUCAAAUGGACUUACUCCCCGGUAUAGAGAUAGAAUUGCAGCCUUAGGCAAGGAAAAGGAUGGACAAUGUUUUGUUCCUUUUAUUGAUUAAAUGUUUUGUAAGGAAGCUAUUUUUUGAAGAACACAGAAAAUGAAAGAAGUUAAAUUUUGCACAUGGAAUAUCCGAACAGCUUUAAAUAAGGAAAAUGUAUAUGAAGGAUUUAUUUUUUUAAAAGAAAACACUCCUCAAGAGCAAUGAUCUGUUAAGAUUUUUAGUCGUGAUCAUUGCAGAUUAUUUCUUUGGCAGUGACCAAAAGCACAGAAAACGAUGGAUGGAUCCAAAGGCCCAAUAAAUUAUCAUAACUUGGUGUAAAUGAAUAAAUGGUGAUAAAAAUAGAUUUUAAAAGGUAAAGGUUAUCUCUGGCUAUUUAAUAUAAAGAAUACUAUUUUUUAAAGAUGAAGCUAAGGCUUCAUUCAAGCCAGUCAGAGAAUGAAGAGAUGUUUUUUCUAAACAUGACAUUAGAACAGUUAACUCUUAAUUCUACCUGAUUUUUUAAAAAAGGCAGUGCCUCGUUUUUAAGCAUCUUUCUUAGACAGGUGUUUAAAAAGAAGCAUAAAAGGGUAAUAUCUGCAUUGAUCCUUUGCCCAAAUUUUUGUAUGUCUAUUUUUAAAAACAACAAUUUAACUGACAAUAUUUCGAAAAACAAUUUCAAAAGGACGUCGUGGGUGACUUCCAAUGUUACCUGCCCAUUUGUGCAACAGAGAUCAGAUUUGCACAAGGAGGUUUCUGGUUUCCCCUCUGCUUCCUCCAGAUCUUCUUCAGAGAGUCCCCUUGCCUUCUGGAGCAUAAUUUGAGGGUUUUAAGAAGGGCUGAAGGGGCAAGAGAGGAAGGAGAGCUCACAUCUCAGAAGUGGAAUUUCUCUCACACCUCUGUUGCCUCUUGCCCAUUAGGUGUGAAUUGGAGCUGGGGAACCUCUGGGCCUCCAAAUAUUGUUUUCUUCUUCUUCUUCUUCUUCUUCUUCUUCUUCAUUGAUCCAGCUGUUGAUAUGCGGAUUAGAAAGCCUGCAGAACAUUCCGAAUCAAAACGAUACGCUGCAAUCCUGUCAGGUAAAGAAACCUCCUAACAGGAUUUAGCUAAACCGGUGCCUUCUUAAUCGCACAAUCUAUGGGCUCUCCAUGUGACUCCGACGAAGAAAACCAGGGCAGAGGUGUGGGGGGGGGCCUCUGCAGUUGGCAGCUAUUACUGUACCUCUCCUGGCCCACCUGGGCCUUGAACUCCUUCCCCGGCAAGGAUGGGAAGUGGGGCUGCGGCUCCCAUCACCCCUAAGCCAGCACAGUCGGUAAACGGGGAUUAUGGGAGAUGCUGUCCAGCAACAUCUGGAAGGACACAAAUUCCCUGUCUCUCCCCUU